AUGACCAUGACCUCCAACAAACUUCAAAUUAUCGAGGAACGUUGUCGUCUGGCAGCUUCCCGUGGUUUCACUAUUGAUUUUCAACAACAACAAGAGAGCCAGGAAAAUGUUAUUUGUCACAAAAAGCUUGCCCCGACUACAUAUGAGAAAUAUGAUCGGGCAUUAGGAAAUUGGGAACUCUGGCGACUCUCACGGAAUGAGUCUAAGGAAAAGAACUUUUCGCAUGAUGAGCCAGAUCCAACCCCUCAAAUCCUAAAGUCAUUUGCCGAAGACUAUAUCGCUACUAGGAAGAAAAUUCCUUCCCAAAAAUCAGCGUGUCAUAACCUGACUAGUUUCACUUCUCUCUGGGAACGAGAAACAUCACGAACUUUGCCCCUUCAUGUUAAGAAGGACGUCCUAAAUUAUAUUCGGAAUACCCUCACUCCGAAAUAUGGACUUCGUACUGAACCGAGAGAACGGGCCCUGGUUACAGCCAAAGAUAUUGAGUAUUUGUUACGCCGUCUAUUCGGCAAAGAUAGCCAUGAUUACAAGCAUGAGCGAGCCAGAGUUCAGACAGGGUCUUCUUUGUCCCUCUUUGCCGGCUCUGGGGCCCGAGCCGGUGCUAUUGUCGAAUCCAGUUCCUAUCGAGACUCGAACGAGUGUCUCUAUUAUAAGCACUUGUCCUUCAAUAUCAAAUGGAGUGAAAACGGGCAUAUUAAACGAUGGGUGACCAUCGACCCUGAAUUUUUGAAAGGUUGGCGUUACCGUGAUGAUGUCAAAAUGCCAAAGAAUUGGUUUCGAGAACACCCUGUUCUAGGAUUCAAUUUUGUCUUCUGGGUGAUUGUGCAUGGUAUUGCAGACAGUGCAUUUAGGGGCAUUUCGUCAGUGGACGAUCUUUUAACAAAGCGCCCACCGGUCGGAAGGGAAUCAUGGACUUUGCAGUGGUCAGAUGCUGCCAAAGAGCUUCCAUUCUUCCGCAUGAUUACUCCGAAAGGACCUUCGCCAGAUAGGGCCUUAACAUUUUCUGCUAUGCGUCAUAGUAACACGGCACUUGCUGAGAGAGAAGGAUUCAAGGAUACCCUGCGCAUCCAUGGUAUCAGGGGUGAAGUAGCAAACAGGAUUGACCCCAAAGCAUCUGAGGCUACGCGUGGCCAGGCACUUGAUCACCAAAACCACGAUACCUAUCUCAAGUAUCAAGCACAACUUAAGUCUCUGGACGUACAAGCCAUGUUCUACAAUAUGGAGCCGGACUAUGAGUGCCGAGAUAUGGAACAAAGCAUGGCCCAUCAUCGAGACCCAAAUGCGCCCCAGCACAUUGACGCUGCUGCUCUAGCCGAAUUCGAGAGUGAUGAUGAGAUAUUAGCACUCAAUAAGCAGAUUGCUGCAUUGACAAAACAGAUUGCAGGUCGUCCUACGGUACACAGGGAUCUAGACCUGGAACGUCGUAGGCUCUACAGCAGGAAGGCGAAGAAGCUCGAAGCUAAGCGGUCAGCCUUUAUCGCCCAGUGGUGGGAAGCUUCUUAUGACGAAUAUAUUGCCGGCAAUGACUUCUCUGAGCGCGACACGACCUGUCUGUUCGACAUAUAUAAGAAGUACAUGCCCGCACGAUCCCCAUUUCUCUACAGUGUCGCGCAAAACACGUCCUGCAGUGUCGACGAAAGUACUUGGAUGCUGCGCCCUACCAACAAUGUUAUAAGAAUGGCAAACGCGCUCAUCGCCGUACCCAGCGCUCAUUUGUGCAGUUCUGUUAUCUCUGUGCUGAAUUGGUUUAUGACGCAGAUGAAUGGGACAGGCACUGUCAACACCAUCUAG